ACAUACACCCUUAGUACAAUGACAGCUGACACUAUUGCUUACUACCGUAAUGACGUCAUUAGCAUGGCGGCGACACGUUUUAAUGGUUUUUAUCUGUCUUUGAACACUACAAAAUGCUGAAAAUGCUGCUUUAAACUGCAAAAAAAAAAAUUAAGUACCUUAGGAAGUAAAACUAACACAUCCCGAUUGCUUUGCCUCUAAACAAUUAUUGAAAUAUAUUUUUAAAUUUUAUCUCAUCUUGACUUAAAUACCGUUUUAAAUUUUGCUUUGAUUUUUGGGCAUAUCCGUAAAUAAAUCUGUAAAUAGGUAUUGGCAACCCUGCCGGGGAAAUGCUUUCAAGGAGAAUAAAAAAUAAUACCACAAAAUAGGAUAAAAUUGUGCAAGCUAAGUAAUUGUGAGUUAAACGAAGUUUUAUAGAAUUGUGUUAAGUUUACUUAGUGUUUGCAGAAGUUAUAUAAAUAUUUUUUGUCAUUGAUUUCAGCAUCGGUAAAAGUGAUCGAAAAGGUUAUGUUUUGAUGUACCACGUGAAUAUUUUCCCAAUGAAUUUUAGUUUCUAGUGAAUUACUUACGAUAGUUACGAUUUUAAAGCAUUUAAAGCAACGGGGAAAAUGGACGACGAGUUUUAUUCGGGUGUUAACGACGUCAAAAGUAAUAAAGAAUCAACUGAACGCAAUGGCCGCAUUAUCGUGCGCAAUAUUUCCUUCAAAGCCACGAAAGAGGCGUUAAAAGAGCACUUUGGUAAAUACGGUACAGUGCAAGAAGUGAAUUUGUUGAAGAAACCUGAUGGAAAAUUGGUUGGGUGUGGCUUUGUACAUUUUGCUGAUGUUGCACAAGCUGAAAAGGCUAUUGCUUCCACAAACAAGAAACCAUUCCUAGAUCGCCCCAUACAUGUAGCAUUUGCGGUGUCCAAGAAGGCAUAUGUGCAGAAUAUGGAGAACAACUCUGCUAAACAGAGGUUUAACAGUAACUCUGAUGAUGAUAACAAACUAUUUAGUGAAGUUAAAGAAGAAACAAACAAGUCUACAGAGGAAAAGCAAAAGAAAGAGAGAAUCAACCGUAAUGCUCGUCUAGUAGUCCGAAAUGUAUCCUUUAAGGCUACUGAAGAAACUUUAAAAGAGCAUUUUACCCCUUACGGUGAUAUAUUAGAAGUGAAAUUGCUCAAAAAACCAGAUGGUAAACUAGUGGGAUGUGCGUUUGUUCAUUUUAAAAAUGUACCCAUGGCCAAGAAGGCUUUGUUGAACACAAACAUGAAACCUUUCCUCGGUCGUCCUAUAUCCGUGGAUUGGGCAGUGGCCAAAAACAAGUACAUGCAGCAUGUGGUCAGCCAGCAGCUUGAGAUGGAAGAAAAGGUGAAGAAGGAAGAAUCUGACAGUGAUGAUGAUGACAACAAACCACCGCUCAAUGUCACCGCUGAUGACAUCAAGGACGAGAUCAAGAGUGAGAGUGAAUCAGAACCGAAUUCCAAUGAGGAAGAAGAUUCCGAUAGUGAUGAUGAUGAUAAGGCUGGUGUUAAGGGUGAGUCUGAUGAUGAUGAUGAUGAGGAUGAUGACAGUGAGGAACAGGACGAUGAUGAUGAAGAAGAAGAUGAUGAAGAGGACGAGGGUGAUAAGGAAUCUGAAGCUGGAUUUAAACAGGAACACCAGAGAAUUAAACUAAACGAUGCCGAGGACGGGUGCACGGUGUUCAUAACAAACAUACCAUUCAGCGUGGACAACGACCAGUUGAGGCAGUUCGCUGAGAACAUCGGUCCUGUCAAGUAUGCACUCAUCUGUGUCGACAAAAUGACUGAACAUUCUAAGGGAACUGGAUUCGUUAAGUUUGCUGACAAAGAGCAUGCAGAUGCCUUCCUAUCGUUACCAGCAGAUCAGCUCAGGUUGGAAGGUCAAACAUUAUCAGUGAAGCCGGCACUCAAGAGGGAGAACUUGCAGAAGGGCAACAAGAAGGAAGCCAAGGACAAUAGGAACCUGUAUCUUGUUAAAGAAGGAGUGGUGGUGGCUGGUACAAAGGCUGCGGUGGGGGUGUCAGCCUCCGACAUGGCCAAGCGACUGGCACUGGAGCGUAGCAAGACACAGAUGUUGAAGAAUCUUAACAGGUUUGUAUCCCGGUAUCGGCUAGUAGUGUCGAACCUGCCGGCUCACUACGACGACGCGAAGCUCCGCAAGCUAUGUGUCGGGGCGGGGGACCGACGGGCUGUCGUCACUGAGUGCCGAGUCAUGAGGGAUCUGCGCACUCCACCCGGACCCGAUGGGAAGAACCCGUCAAAAGGUUACGGCUUCGUAAUGUUCACGAGACACGAGGACGCUCUCGCGUGUCUGCGGAAACUGAACAACAAUCCAGAUGUAUUUGAUAAAAAUAAUAGGCCCAUCGUCUCAUUCUCAAUAGAAGAUCGAACAGCAUUAAACGCAAGAAAGAAAAGAUUAGAGAAAUCCAUAGCCAACAACCCGCUCGCAAACAAAGAUGGCGGCCAAACCACAGAUAGGAGAAACAGGAAACGGAAACCAGAAAUAGCACCAGACGAAAGUUACGCUAAGAGACGGAAGUUUGGGAAACUUAAUAAGUUCAAUAAAAAUAGUAAUCAAGGAAAUGACAAUAGGAAUCAAAGUUCAGAAAAUCAGGGUUCUUCUAACUUGAAUUUUAAUAGAAAUAAUAAUGAAAAGCAAAAUAAAUUUAAUAAGAAAGGCCCUCGACAAAAUAAUGGGUCAGGCCAAUUUGUAAAAAAACCAAGAUAUAGUGAUUUCGGCGAGUAUACCGGCCUAACGGCUAAGGAAGGUUCACAACACAAAAUGCGGAGCAACCACAAAUUGAAAGCACAAGCCGAAAUCCACAGGCAAACAGUAAAAACGGAGAAGAAGCAAAGUAAGAGAGCUCAAAGACUCAAGAUGGCGGCGAAAGAAAGGAUAAAAUUGCCAAAACAGAAAAUUAACAAAAAUCCGAAUAAGAAAAGGAAAAAACAUCAUAAUCAAUCAAAGUUCGACAGGUUUUUGUAAGCUUUUGGAAAUAUGUGUAAUGUUAGGCAACUGAGUGUAAUGAGAUAUAGGGAUUCGAAAGUUCCUGGGUCAGGCAAAGCACAUUUCGUCCAUCUAUUCAUCAUUUUGAUUAUUCAUGUAACUAUGCGAAUAUGUUACUCAACACAUUAGUUAAACACACACUUUUUAUCACCACUAAAGACGUUGAAUACACUAGGGAUGAAUGUCCCACGAUAUGUAUUGGCGACAUGUCAAGCUAAGGCUGCCGGUUUGAUUCGGAGUCGCAGAGAACCUAACGGGUUACCGGGGCUUCGGCUCGACGUGCAGGAGAAGGAACGGGGUGGUU